UUCAGAUCCACGCUUGAUAUCAACAUUCCAGACUUGUCUCCUGAAAGUAGGUGGAUGUGUCCAGUUUUGGGAGAAGAAAUGUUCUGACGCUGAACAAAAUCUAGGCCGCCUGUGUUGCCUGAAAGUAGGUGGAUGUGUCCAGUUUUGGGAGAAGAAAUGUUCUGACGCUGAACAAAAUUUAGGCCGCCUGUGUCGCCUGAAAGUAGGUGGAUGUGUCCAGUUUUGGGAGAAGAAAUGUUCUGACGCUGAACAAAAUCUAGGCCGCCUGUGUCGCCUGAAAGUACGUGGAUGUGUUCAGUUUGUGUGUCGCUUGACCAAAAGUUCAUUGACCUGCUGAAAACACAAUGGGGAAAAAUAUUGUGCUACGCAAAGUCAAAAUAUCAUUUGGUAUUGAAACACAGCCCUUAAACCAGAUUUUAAUUCACACACUUUUACACACACACACACACAUGCGCGCGGAUAAAGCUUACACAGAAGCAUACACACACACACAUACACAACACACAAACACACACACACUGCGCAACGCUAUGAGCUGACCCUCACGAGCUACAACUAAAUAGAAACACACCUGAAACGGUUGACAAUAUUCUUAAAUCUGCGUUAGAGUUUUAUUUGCUAGCGUCACCAUGAAUAGACACAGGUACAGGCGAGGACUUAGAAGAAAACUUUAUCGUACGAGAAGGAAACAGAUCUUCACUCCUGUGAGAUCUGUACUAUCAAGGAGUAGGUUACAAAACCAGUGGACAUGCGGCUCAAAUCUGAGAGACCGAACCACAGAGAUACAGUUGUCAUCUGGAGCCCCAAACCUAAACUUUUUCCACGCCAUGAAUCACAUGAUUGGAUGCGUCACGCCUAUGCUUUCCAAUAUUUUGGACCUAUUCUUUACGACCUACAGCGGUCAAGAUCGUCCCCUUUUACUUUAUCGACAGAUUCUCGAGAUGAACCUUCGGUUCACGCCUAUUCUGGGCGUGUUCUUAGACGCCCUCCUGAAGCCGAACUUUGAGGAGCUGUAUGGCCCAGAAGAUUAUUUGCAGGACAUGGAUGAGCUGUUAAGCGCUGCCUGCGAGAGUCUGGCCAAAAGUGAAUCUGAACUGGAAACAGAGCGCAAUGCGCGAAAAGUUCAAUUUUUCAAGCUAAUGGUUCUUCUGAGAGACGAGUUCGCGAGUAACACUGUGGUUCAGAUGUCUCAGGAAUCACCGACAGUUGAAGAAGAAGAUUGAGUUCUGAGACAGAUUUUUAAAACUUUUUAAUCGUAAA